AAUGCAAUGCAACAGAUUGCAGCCUCCCCUCUUUCUCUGGGCAAUCAUGAAGUCAGCCCAACCUACCAGAAAGAGCAGAACGAGAAGAGCCGGCUUAGGGAAACUCUUGCCUCGACCCCAAGCGCCUGCCCCCCCACCCCCAGAAGGAGAACGCCCUGAAUGCCGAGGCCCCCCAGGCUGGGUUUACAGAUCAGGCUAUUGAUGCUCGCUGUGGAAAGGAUCAGGCGGCGCCUCCUUCUGGUCAACGGAGACCCCUGACCUCCCGGGCACGCCGUGCCGCUUACGGUUGUGAUUCCCGCGGGGUGUUUUUUUAACUUCCCAGCCUCGCCCGCAGCCCUAGGACUUCCUAGUGGUCUCCCAUCCAAGUCCCAGCCAGGCCUGCCCCUGCUCAGCUCUGGGGGAUCAGCCAAAGCUGGCCAGCCGCAGGAGGCUCACCCCAGAUUCUCCACCCGAAGAGAGCUGUCCAAGCUUUGUUGGGUCCUGGCAAAACCACAACAGCGUGUCUGGCUUGGGCCCUGGUGUGCCCAUUUUGCCCAGGGCUUUGUGGGCAACAGCUGCCUGUGGUGAAGGGCACUGCAGGUAGACCGCUCCAGCCCAUGGAGGAUCCUUUUUGCUACGGCAUCUAGCGCCCUUUGAAAACCUUCAAAGUAAUUAUGGAAGUGAGUGGAGAUUAUGGAAAAAAGGCGUGCAAGGAUGGUCCGACCUCCCGCACGCCAGACCGCCACCGAUGGCAGGCUUGGCAGCUGGUGUGUGAGAGAGUGGAGCGUCCUGGCACGAGCAGCGGGUCGCCUGUUGCACCACUUUCUCGCAGCUGCUCGGGGGUGUAAAGUUCACCUCGCUGCAUAAAAAUCAGGGCUGGCCCCAGAUCCCCGGCGAAUCGGUUUCUGAUCUGCGCCUAAGAGGUCCGUGCCGUAAAAGCGGAAGGGCCAGCCUCCCGGUGUCCGUCCGGGCAGAUGGUUCUGCACCGGUUGAUGAUUAGCCAAGGCUGCGAUGCCGCGUUGUGACAGGCUCCAGCGAGGGCUCGGCCUCCUGCCCUGCCCUGGCAGAGUCUCCCUCGCCAGCUCUUCCAGAGACCUCAGGAUUCGGCCGGUGGCAACCUUUCCGUCUUCUCACACCCGCAGGGCGGUGCGGAUUUGAAUGGGAUGCGAUGGCCCCUGCAAGACGGAUGGGACUUCCCGCAUACUAGCAUCUGGCAUCUGGCAUCGGUGUGUGUCUUCCGACCCCUCCUAGAGUGAAGCUGUUGCCCCCAAGACGUUCUCCAGGAAAUCUGCAGCCGAAAGGCCACUGGUGGCCAAUGGACAAGCGGACAGCUGUCUUCUAACCGCUGGGAUGGAGAAGGCAGUCCCCGACAAGGAGACCCAGCCUCUCACGUCCCCGAAGGAGUCUUCAGACUGCAGAGAUGGGAGCGACUGCAUGGAGAGCAGGAGGCUCUUGGCCAAAGCCACCAAGCCGACACUGGAACUGACGGAAGGGGUCCAUAAAGCCCACUCCAGCCAGGGGAACAAUGGGCCCACCAGCCCGGUCUCCAAUGGGUUUUCUGGGGCCCAGAGCCCACCCGGCCCGGGCAAGGUGGCGGGAGACAGCCAGGGCCUCCCCUCUGCACCCCCCGCUGCCCUGCCUACCACCGCCAUCUUGGGUGUGGUAGAACCCCAACAGCCCUUGAUGGACCGGCGGGAGAGGGAGACCUGGAGUAAGAAAAUGGACUUUCUCCUCUCGGUCAUUGGCUACGCGGUAGACCUGGGCAACGUCUGGCGCUUUCCGUACAUAUGUUACCAAAAUGGAGGAGGAGCCUUCCUCAUACCGUACGCAAUCAUGGCCAUCUUUGGAGGAAUCCCGCUUUUCUACAUGGAGCUGGCGCUGGGGCAAUAUCACCGCAAUGGGUGCAUCUCGGUGUGGAGGAAGAUCUGCCCCAUCUUCAAAGGAAUCGGCUACGCCAUCUGCAUCAUCGCUUUCUACGUCGCGUCCUACUACAACACCAUCAUGGCCUGGGCCCUGUAUUACCUCGUCUCUUCCUUCAGCAGCGAACUGCCCUGGAUCAGCUGCAAAAACUCCUGGAACACCCCCAAUUGCAUGAGUUACUUCUCCAACCAGAGCAUCGCUUGGACGGCCAACUCCACCUCCCCAGCCGAAGAAUUCUAUACCCGCCACGUUCUUCAGGUGCACCGAGCGAAGGGGCUGGAUGACCUUGGAGGAAUUAGCUGGCAGCUCACCCUCUGUCUGCUGUUUAUCUUCACCAUUGUGUACUUUAGCAUCUGGAAAGGGGUCAAAACAUCUGGAAAGGUCGUCUGGGUGACGGCCACCUUCCCUUACGUCGUCCUCUUCAUCCUCUUGAUCCGGGGAGCCACCUUGCCUGGAGCCUGGAAAGGGGUGCUCUACUAUCUGCAGCCCGACUGGCAGAAGCUUCUCACGACUCAAGUGUGGGUGGAUGCAGCUGCUCAGAUCUUCUUCUCCCUCGGACCAGGAUUUGGGGUGCUCCUAGCCUUUGCAAGCUACAACAAGUUUCACAACAACUGUUAUCAGGACGCUCUGGUCACCAGCGCGGUCAAUUGCCUGACGAGUUUCGUGGCAGGAUUUGUCAUCUUCACUGUGCUCGGCUACAUGGCUGAGAUGAGGAAGGAACCUGUGUCAGAGGUCGCCAAAGAUACUGGACCCAGCCUGCUCUUCAUCACCUAUGCAGAGGCCAUCGCGAACAUGCCGGCAUCCACCUUCUUUGCCAUCAUUUUCUUCCUGAUGUUGAUCACCCUCGGACUGGACAGCACGUUUGCAGGCCUGGAGGGGGUCAUCACCGGCGUCCUGGAUGAGUUCCCACACGUCUGGGGCCAGCGACGGGAAUGGUUUGUGCUGAUGUUCAUCGUGGUGUGUUUCAUGGGCUCCUUGUCAACGCUGACCUUUGGAGGUGCAUAUGUGGUGAAACUCUUCGAAGAAUACGCCACGGGGCCGGCCGUGAUAGCUGUGGUGUUUCUGGAAUCCAUCGCGGUGGCUUGGUUCUAUGGCGUCACCCAGUUCUGCAGUGACGUGAAAGAGAUGCUUGGGUUCAGCCCUGGCUGGUUCUGGAGGAUCUGCUGGGUUGUCAUCAGCCCCGUUUUCAUCCUGUUUAUCAUUUGCAGCUUCAUAUCCAGCCCUCCAGACAUCCGCCUCUUCGACUACACUUACCCGUACUGGACCACGGUGCUUGGCUAUUUCAUUGGGACAUCGUCCUUCAUCUGCAUUCCUGCCUACAUGGUUUAUCGGUUGGCAAGGACUCCAGGGACGCUGAAAGAGCGUCUCCUGAACAGCAUCACUCCAGAAGCGGCAACGGAGAUUCCCUUCGGUGGCAUCCGUAUGAAUGCCGCUUAGGCGCCCCCGCAUCUGGGGAGAUGGGAGAGGCGAGGAGAGGCCGAGUCCCCCCUGCCUCUGCUGCUUUCGGCUCUUUUCCAAAGACGUGGACGUCCACCGGGGAGCAUGCUUGGGAUGGAGGUGGAGGAAGAGCUCCAAGCGUCUCCCUAAAAGACAGGCCGGCCCCCGGCCCCGGACUCUUUGGGAUGCACGUGACUUUGUUUUGGACACUUGAGGGCAAGUGAGUCCUCCGCACCCUGUUCCUGGACCUGGAGCUGUCUGAAUGCAUGCAUGGUUUUACUCAGCCUCUGUCGGGCGUCUGUUGCAAGCUAGGAUUGUGUUAGAUCCAUCUAUCUGUGCGAGCACCCCUGUCCGUUCUCUCGGUGUGACCCUCUGUGAUAGCCCCCUGUCGUAUCCGCUGCAAAGGAUCGCCAUAUUUUUCACCAAGGUGGGAAAAAAACAAAAGCAGGAACCCUCGAUCCAGGUUUGCUGAUCAUUGUCUUACCUUAGGAAUCCUAGCAAAGAGCCAGCCCAAGCCCUCCAAGAGAGAUGUUAUUGCAGGCUCAGUUUAAAAAGUGCAAUUUACCCCAGACUGCUGCGAGGUAGGGAGCGGAAGGCCUGGGUGCCCCUGCAGGGCGAAAACCGUUCCUUGCAGCUGGAAAACCGGCAAGUCUGAGCGGCUCCAAAGAGAAAACUGUCUGUGUGCAUGAAUUGUUUGGUGUGGUUUUCCUUAGCCGAGGGGGCGCUUAUCCCCGCAACCGGUCUGAAAGCAGCUCAGUCCAGCAAGGCUGUCCCAGGCGGCCUCCUAAACCAGAGCUUUAGGCUGAAGAGGGGGCUUUAACUUAGCGGAGAGGGAGCAUCAUCAGGGUGCCGCCGAUUAAGAUGAGCCACCUGCUCAGCACCUCCCACUCCGCCCCAUCCGACGAAGGCCAGGAGAGAGGAAGUGGACGAUGGGUGGGCAGGAUGCUCUUCUCCCACCUGGGGCUAUUUUCACCCCUCCGCAAAGCGCAGGCGCCACGAUAAGAGAGAGGAAUCUCCUUGGAUGUGGAGGCCAGACAGCACGCUGCAUCGAUGGCCCAGCAGCAGGCGAGCCUUGGCUUGCUGGAGGAAUAAUUCUGAGUCCUCUUCCGCUGCAGCCGAGGGAAGGGCAGCCAUGCCUCUCCUCCCCCGAGUGUGCCAGCGCGUGUGUGUGUUCACUAGGACAUUUCAUUGUCAAUCUCAAUCCCAUAGGAGCUGCUGCUGCGUGAGGUCCCAUUUGCAGGAAGCUGGCAGUAAAGUUUCCUCUUCGUGAAACAGACGCCUCUUGCUUUUUCUCGCAACGGUUAAAUUAUAAGCUGGUGGAGCCACACGGUAGAGGGGUGUGUGUGUGUGUGUGUGUGUGUGUACAAUAAUACUCCAAAACAAGUUGUGAAACCACUCAGCCAACUGGGCUGUACUAAAACCAUCUAACCCAUAGCAAACUGUGAACGGAACUUAUUGAGCCCCUGGACAGGCACCAUUGGACCAUCGUCCCCGCCUGUGGGUCCCUUAAAGGCGUCAGAGGAAACAGCCUCGCAACGAAGUGCUGCUCCAGACGCAGAGCCUCGUCGGGGCUGCUGGGAUCCUGCCGAACGGCUUGGGCCCUCUCCAUUCUGUGCGAGCCUGGAACCUGUGCGUGUCAUUUUUGUAUGGAGAAAUUAAAACUGGAGUUUUAUUUUACAGAACUAAAGCAUUCCUAAAUUGUGUAAUACGGCACUUGUAUUCUCUUAUGUUGCUGCUUUCCUUGAAUGUCCCAAGAUGGAGUGUAUGUCCUUCGCAUGUGCCCUUGCAGCGUAAAGUGUUGUUGUAAUAAAUUUAGUAUUAUAAUAAAAUGGAAGUUGUACCCCC